AUGGGCGCAACCACUCUCUGGACCAGAGACCAGGUCGCUGCCCGCAUUCUCACCGGUGACACCCUCAUCGUCUACCACGGCCAUCUCCUCAACAUCCCAAAAAAGUGGCUCGAUGCCCACCCCGGCGGCAGUCUCGCCCUCCUCCACUACGUCGGCCGCGACGCUACAGAUGAGAUCGAGGCUAACCACCAGGACGAUACCCUCAAGCUCAUACCCAGAUACUCUAUUGGCCGCGUUGAGCUCACAGACGGCGUGUGGGCUCCCUUUGUCCCCCCUAUCAUGACAGGCUGGGUUCGUAGACGCGCCUCAGGGGCCAACCACGAUGUGUGGUUUAAGGAGGCCCUUGAGGUCUACUCUACUGAAGACACUAAAUUUACGCCCUCCUCGUCAAUUCUGCUCAAGGAGAACACAGCUCACACUACUGACCUCUCAGGCCCAUCUCUUGCGUCUCUCCAGCCCCCUCCCACCCCCCUUUCCCUCAAGCAGCAGGCACGUCAGUCUGCAGCAUAUCGCAAGCUCCACAAGCGAAUCAUCGAUGCAGGCCUGUACAAGACCCGCUAUUUUACGGGCUACGGUCCCGAGGUUGCUCGCUAUCUGCUCCUCGCCUCCACAUCCGCCUACGCUUACUCCCACAGCUGGUUCAUCGCUAGCGCCAUAUUUCUCGGCCUGUUCUGGCACCAGCUCGUCUUCACUGCCCACGAUCUAGGCCAUAUGGGUGUCACCCACAACUGGACCUACGAUCGCAUCAUUGCAACUAUCAUAGCCGAUUAUAUUGGUGGAUUGAGUAUAGGCUGGUGGGUCCAGAACCAUAAUGUGCAUCAUCUCGUCACUAACCAUCCAACCCACGACCCGGACAUCGAGCACAUGCCCUUCUUUGCCAUCUCUCCUGCAUUCUUAGAUUCCCUCUGGUCAUCAUACUACAAGCGCACUAUGAAGCUUGAUGCAUUUGCCAAGUUUCUCCUGCGCGUCCAGCACAAGAUCUUUUAUCUCGUCAUGGCCUUUGCCCGCUUCAACCUCUACGCUAACUCGUACACGUAUCUCUACCAAAAAGCAUUUGACACCAAACGCGCGCGCGGCGGUUGGUGGGCCUGGCGCAUGGAAGUUGCAGGCAUCGCGUUCUUCUGGGUGUGGUUCGGGCGAGUGCUGUACGGGUGUGGAUCCUGGCAGAUGGCACUCGCGUACCUCCUCGUCAGUCAUGCCGUCACCAGCCCUCUACACGUCCAGAUCGUCCUAUCCCAUUUCAGCAUGCCCACUGGUGAUUUGGGCCCGGUCGAGUCUUUCCCGCAUCGCCAGAUGCGUACUACUACAGACGUCAUUUGCGCAGAGCCGAUCGAAUUCAUCCAUGGUGGCUUGCACCUCCAGGUAACCCACCACCUCUUCCCUCGGCUCCCUCGACACAAUCUCCGUCGUGCGAGUGCACUCGUCAAGCAGUUUGCCAAGGAGGAGGGGCUAACAUAUGCAGAGUUUGGCUUCGUCGAUGGCAACUUUGAGGUUCUCGACACUCUCAGACACGUUGCAGAGCAGGUCAAGAUCAUGGGCACCGUGGCAAAAGUAGAGGCCAAAGAGGCCAUUGAGAAAAAAAUGGAUGCCACGGACGCCAGAUUCGGACUCGGAGGUAAAGAUAAAGUUAACGGCGUUCACGCAAGUCGGGUCAUAGAAACUACAUUUUAG